AUCUUCCUUUAUAAAAUGGAAACCCUAGAAGCCCAAACUGAUUCUUUAACGUGUUUGUGGCCACCUACUGGUUCCUUAAGGUUGUUGCAACUCUCCAGAUUGCUAUGGAAUUUCAAGUACUGCCACAGUGGGUCUUUACCCUGGCUGUACAUUGAAUCACCAGAGGAACUUCAAAGAAAAAACAGAAAAACAGCAGCAACAAAAACUCGGGCUCCACCUCCAGAGAGUCUAAUUGUUUUUUGGUGGGAUUGCAGCAUUCAAGAAAAAAUAGAUUUAGAAAUUCGAAUGCGAGAAGGAAUAUGGAAACUCCUUUCUCUGAGCACUCAGAAAGACCAGAUCUUGCAUGCAGUUAAGAAUCUCAUGGUAUGCAAUGCUCGAAUAAUGGCAUACACGUCGGAGCUACAGAAAUUAGAAGAACAGAUUGCAAAUCAGACUGGAAGAUGUGAUAUGAAUUUUGAAAGUAAAGAACGAACCGCUUGUAAAGGAAAGAUUGCCAUAUCAGAUAUUCGAAUACCACUAAUGUGGAAAGACUCUGAUCACUUCAGCAAUAAGGAACGAUCACAGCAGUACGCCAUUUUCUGUUUGUUCAAAAUGGGAGCUGAAGUUUUUGAUACUGACAUGGUGAUUGUAGACAAAACUAUCACAGAUCUAUGUUUUGAAAAUGUAACUAUAUUUAAUAAAGCAGGGCCAGACUUUCAGAUAAAAGUGGAGGUUUACAGCUGCUGUACAGAAGAAUCUUCUAUAACCAACACACCAAAAAAACUAGCUAAGAAACUGAAGACAUCUAUAAGUAAAGCUACAGGGAAGAAAAUAAAUUUGGUGCUGCAAGAAGAUCAUGAAACAUGCUCAUCUUACAGUUCUCCUAUUUUUGCUGCAAAGUAUAAUUUGCUAGCUCAUACUACUUUGACCUUGGAAAGUGCUGAGGAUAGCUUCAAGACCCAUAAUCUGUCUAUUAAUGGAAAUGAGGAGUCUUCAUUUUGGCUUCCCUUAUAUGGCAACAUGUGCUGCCGCCUAGUCGCCCAGCCAGCUUGUAUGGCUGAGGAUGCAUUUGCAGGAUUUCUUAAUCAGCAGCAAAUGGAAGAAAACCUAAUUAGUUGGAGAAGGUUGUAUUGUGUUUUAAGAGGGGGUAAACUCUAUUGCUUUUAUGCUCCAGAAGAAAUUGAAGCUAAAGUGGAACCAGCUUUGGUAGUGUCCAUUAACAAGGAAACCAGAAUUCGGGCAAUGGAUAAGGAUACCAAGAAAAAAAUUCAUAAUUUCUCUGUCAUCAACCCUGUUGCUGGACAGUCUGUAACUCAUAUCUUUGUAGCAGACAAUAGAGAAGAUCUUCAGAAAUGGAUGGAAGCCUUCUGGCAACAUUUCUUUGAUCUUAGCCAAUGGAAGCAUUGUUGUGAAGAACUUAUGAAAAUUGAGAUUAUGUCACCACGGAAACCACCUUUGUUCUUGACAAAAGAGGCGACCUCAGUCUACCAUGAUAUGAGCAUUGAUUCACCUGUAAAACUUGAAAGUUUAACUGAUACAAUACAAAAAAAACUUGAAGAGACAAAUGGACAGUUUCUUAUUGGUCAGCAUGAAGACUCCUCACCACCUCUUUGGGCCAGCCUCUUUGAUGGUAAUCAUCAAGUGGUUAUCCAGAAAAAGGUAUUAUCUCCUGCAAGUAACCAGCUACAUGAUGGGAAAGGGAAAAAAAGACGUGCUCCCCUUCCUCCUUCUGAUAAAGCUCCAUUCAGCUUAAAAACACAGAGUAACCCAGAUCAAUUGGAUAAGGACAACUGGGAAAAAACAAGUGUAUCUUGGACCUCGCCUUUGGAUACCAAAUUAUCAACCCUAAUGCAUCACUUACAGAAACCGAUGGCUGCUCCUCGAAAACUCCUUCCUGCCAGGAAAAAUAAUUUAAAUGAUGAUAGUGAACACAUAGACACUAAAACCAGUUUUGAAGCCAAGCCAGUGCCAGCUCCAAGGCAGAAAUCUAUCAAAGACAUUUUGGACCCUAGAUCAUGGUUGCAGGCACAAGUAUAGAAAACUCUAAAUGUAUAAAGCGUUUAACAAAAUCUAUACUGUUAGGCUUGAUUCAGAAGCACUAGAGAUAUAGUAAUAUGUAAUUAUGUUGGCAAAUAUGAUAGUGACUUAUAUCAAUAAUUAAUAAGCUAUGAGGUCUGAAAAAUGCUUUAUAAUGAAGAAUUGGAUUUCUCUUUUACUUCUGAUCUUUGGAAUAUAAGUGAUUUCCCUGGUAGAGUGCAAGAGGCAGUUUCAGACAAUAUCCUAAUUGUUUGAAGGGUUAAUUUAUUCCUAAAUUAGUGCCAGCAGUGAGCAAGCACUAGGCAGAAGAAGGCAUUAAAAUUUCUUUGGGGAGAGACUGUCUAGUAAUUUAAAAUGUGUUAAAUAUGAGCCAUAUUCUCAUUGUGAGAGUUUUAAUACUAAUGGAAUGUUUCAAAAGUUUUAUUCAAACCACAAAUUAUAGAAUCCACCCAAGAAAAUUUCUUCUUAGCAUUCUGGAAUUCUCAUCUAAUGGUUGACUGACUCUCAUCUAUUGUUUAACUCACUAGUUAACUCACUGACCUUUCGAAUUCCUGGGAUAAAUUUUGGAAUAUUAAAUUCUUCAUCUUUAAAGGGAAUUCAUAAUGUGUUAUUCAAAGUUGUUUCCUUGAUGAGCUCUGAAAUCCUGUUGACAUUAACUCUCAUAAGUGAAGCAUAACAUUUAUUAGUUUAGAGAAAAGGUAAAUGAAAUGUUCUCUAUUUCCACUUUUCUAUGCAUGGUGCUAAUUUCCAUUAUGACAUUGGAAUUUGGGGAAGUGAGUAGCUGAUUAACACCUUAAAAUUCAUUUAAUACUUAUUUAAAAAGCAGAUGGCUGAUUCAAAAAUAUCAAAAAAGUUGGCCAUGAUAAUAAUUUUCAGAAUUAAUCCUUUUAAAACAUUUUAAUUAAAUUUCCUUUUUCUAGUAAGGGUUGAUGUCUGCUAUUGAUAUUAUUCAUUAAAAGUCAUAUUCUUACAACAAUGACAUCGGAAUCAUUUCCAUAGGAGGUAAUUUCCAUAGCAACUAAUCAUUGUGACCCAAACAGGAUUAUAAAAUCAAGUGAGGAAAUAAAUAUCGAGAGGAUGAAUACCUUAAAGGAACAAAAAAAUCCUUUUUUAAAAUAAUAAUGCUUCUUGUAAACAAGAGCUGAACAGUUUUAAAAAUCAAAUCAGAAUUUCCAAAUAAAACAGUUUCCAUAAGGUGUCAGCAACGGCUCAAAAAAUCUGAAAUCACACUGAACCCUAAAUGUCAUUGCAAGAAAUAAAAAUAUAAGAAUUAAAUUA